UUCGCGGAAGUGGCUGACCUGACAGGACGGUCUACUUGCUCGGAGUAAUGUGUUCACCUGUCUAAGUGUUGCUAAAACUCUAAGUGACUCUUUAAGUGUCCGGUUUCAGUUUAUAAUGGUGACUUUAAGUGAAAAUGACUGAUUGGUGCCGUGACAGCGUGCUGUGGCGUGAAUAAAGGCAUACAGGCGCACAAUGUGGCGAGUGGGGCCACUGGUGGUAUGGCUGAUGGCCAUAUCACUGGUGGCAACCGCCCUCGCCGACCCCGAUGGCGGGGGCACAUCAGUCGUGGCAAAGCCAACUCGGCCCACAUUCGGCCCGCCCAAGCCCACGGCACCCAUGCCACGGCGGAGUGAGAAUAGGAAACGAAACCGGCGCCGCACAACUACUACUACCACAACGACAAUGGAUCCUGAGGAAGAAGAAGAUAUAGACUAUACAACUCCGCCGACAACGACCACAGUCGACCCACGGUCCUUUGAUCACACUGAAUUGGGCACCUGUGAGGUGCCGCUGGGCAUGGAGAGUGGCAUGAUCUCUAACGAGUCCCUCUCUGCCAGCUCCAGCUACGACCAGAGCGUCUCUCCUCUCAGCUCCAGGAUCCGCACGGAGAUUCGCGGCGGUGCUUGGUGCCCGAACGGGCUGAUUAUGCCGGACAGCCGCCAGUACCUUGAGGUGAACCUGCAGGCCGAGUACUUGAUCACCGCCACGGAGUCACAGGGCCGCUUUGCCAACUCCGUCGGAGUGGAGUUCGUCGAGAGCUACGCCGUGGAGUACUGGCGCCCUGUUCUCAACCGCUGGGUCAGAUACAAGGACUACAACGGAACCAAAUUAAUCCCUGGCAACGUCAACACCUACACGCCUCACAAGACUGUUUUAGAAGCCCCGUUCGUCGCUUCCAAAGUCCGUUUCUUUCCUUACGCAGCACACCCGCGCACCGCAUGCAUGCGAGUGGAACUCUACGGAUGCCGCUGGAAACAGGCUUUAGUGGCAUACUCGGCGCCUAAAGGCGGAGACAUGCAGGCGAUGACAGGCGGAGCCAAGUUUGAAGAUAUGUCAUUCGACGGAACCCUCCGUGACGGCAGACUCUCCGACGGCCUGGGCCAGAUUACUGAUUCUUAUAUUGGCCCCAAUGAUUUUGAGUUGCCUGACCCAUCUGACACCAGAGGCACUCGCUGGGUCGGUUGGAACAAGACAAUGCUCACCGAAGAUGAAGUGGAACUCACUUUCAACUUUACCGAUACCAGGUCAUUUCAUUAUGUCGACAUCCACACAAACAACAUGUUCACCAAAGACGUUCAGUUGUUCAGAGAAGCCGAAGUGUAUUUCUCACUGGAAGGUGAGCGUUGGCAAGAAGAUUAUGUAACCUACGAGCCGAAGCAGGACAGAGUGUCGGAGCACGCGCGUGUGGUGCACAUAGACCUGCAAAACCGAACCGCAAAGCAUAUCGUCAUCAAGCUCACCUUCCAGCACGAGUGGAUCCUCGUCAGCGAGAUCACCUUCAAGUCCUCACCAACGGUAAUCAACUCGUCGAUAGAAUUUCUGGAGGAGUAUUAUAGAACAGACAUGCCGCCUUCCUCUAGAAAAAAACGAAACUCCUCCCUUAGGGUCUCCGUGGGCCUAGCCUGCGGGGCCCUAAUGGGGGGCGGAGCGUUUAUAGCCGCCACUGCCGUCCUCAUGACAAAAAAGGUCAGGCGGCGGAUACCUCAACUGCUCAAGAAGCCGUUCUGCCCGUCCUUGCGAACCGGGAACUCCAACACCAGGAACAACAGACGCGCCCCGAGGCUAGCGCUAGCGCUCGCCAACUGCCCGCCCAUCCAUAUGAUCCGGCCGGCGGUCGUCGACGAGGAUUACCGGGAGCCGUACAACAUUUGGCGAGAGACCCUGGGCCGCCGGGAUAAACGCGAUAUGCAUGACCAUCACGAAUACGAAAUAUGCGAGGAUCCUGAAUUCCCCCGUCCCUACAUGAUGAAACGACCCGACCCGCAUGAGAGUUUUUAUGCUGCUACAGAUAUUAUACACCAUACGUAUCCGGAAGAGCGCGCCUGCCGCCGGGAGCGCCCCACCCCGGGGCUGUUCACCUCCAUCAAACUACCUGAGGCCGAGCCCCCAAACGGAGUGGCGCCCCUGCUGGAUUUCCCGCGGGGGCGCAUGCGACCUGUCACAUUCCUUGGCGAGGGCCCCCAUGGGACUCUCCAGAUUUGCGAGACGGACGGCAUCGACGAGCUGAGCGACGAGGAUUCCCCGAAUGGCGAUCACAGUCGCCUUGUCGUUGUAAAGACCCUGUGGCGUGGCUGCCAUAGCGAAGUCAAAGCGGCGUUUGCCCGCGAAGCCACGUGGGGCGCCGGACUGAAACACCCUCAACUAGCCAGAGUCCUUGGUUUGAGUCUCCUAGAACCCCCGUGCGCAGCUCUCGAUCGAGGCGAUGCCGUUCCACUGCCAUCGAUAUUGAAACUGGACAGGAAAUUGAAUUAUACGAAUUUGAUUCGCAUAUGCUGUCAGAUAGCAGCAGGCAUGAAGUACCUGGAGUCAUUCGAGUUAGUACACAGAGACCUCGCCGCUCGAAACAUCACGGUAACCGAAGAUCUAAACGUUAAAGUGUCGGACUACGCAAUGUUUUGUGAGGAGUUUGUGGGCGACUACCACAUCCUGGCUGACGGCACUCGUCUGCCUCUGCGCUGGAUGCCGUGGGAGAGUCUGCUGAUGGGUAUGUUUUCACCAGCUAGUGACGUGUGGUCUUUCGGAGUGACUGUGUGGGAGGUCCUCACUUUCUGUAUUGCGAAGCCAUUUGAUGAGAUGAAUGAUGACCAGGUAGUAGCAAAUGCCAGCGAGUGGCGAUGCGGUGGGCGCGGGGCGCGCGUUCCUGCUGCGCCGCCGCCGCGCUGUCGCCGCGAGCUGUACGACCUCAUGCACGAGUGCUGGCGGCGCGAGCCCAUGCAGCGCCCGCGCUUCCACGACCUACAUCGCUUCCUCGACCGCAUGUCGCAUGGGUACAAAACCAACAAACGUUAAUGUUCGCGACGAAACCAUCUCCUAUGCGUCCUAAGCAUACCUACUAUAUCCGAGACAAAAAAAUCUGUAUGAACAUUACCCGGCCCCUAGGGUCGGCUAUAUAUGCUUAACCAUUUAAAUUUAAAAAUUCUGAUUCACUGGAUGUUGUAACCAACCCUUCCUGAAACCCGGAAUCAUGAGGUUUCUCGUUACUGUAUACAAAAAAUACGAAAAUUUCUAGGUACUUAUGUAUGGGCUAAGCUGGUGCUAAGCUAGUGCUUUACGAAAGAAUUUUAGUAAGUAUGGCAUCAUCAGGAGGAGCUUUAACACCUUUGUAAUAUGGAAGACGAUAUGUCGCCAAAGGUUAUUUAUGUUUUUACGUAAAUUAGGCUAAAUUAUGGUGUUAACGCAUAACCUCUAUUUCCGGGUUUCGUCUGCUUUGUGUCCUUUGUGUUUACUCCACUAUUCGACGAAAUUCCCAACUUUAUAACAAGAUUGGCAUAUUUCUAAAUAAGUUUAUCUUUUAUUUAGCUUAAGUUAACGGUAUAGCCCAAUAGGCUAGAAUUGACGUUUUCAAAUAUUUCAGAAGAAAUUUAUAAAUUAAUUUGUUAAUAAUUACGUAGGUAAUAUUUUUUGUUUCUAAUUAAUUUUUAAGGUUAGAAAGUUAUUUUUAAUUUGAUUUUACAGGGUGAUGUUCAUUGAAAUAAGUUCCAACACAUUGGUAUUUCUUUUAGUGGCUGCACUAUUUUCCGUCUACCGUUCACUUACGACCACAUAAUAUUAUGAUAUUAUAUAACCAUAUUUUUAUUAUCUAAAAUUAUAUGAUUUGAAAGCAUAUAAUUCGUUACCGUCACCUUAAUAGCUUUAUUUAACUUUAGUGUUUAGUUUGGGAGGCCACAAUUGUUCUAAUCUUGUGUGAUUUAUACAGAUGUUGAACAAAUGUGGUGGGUCGGGGGCGGGUUUGUUAUUUUUCUUUGCAUAUUGUUCCUAUAUUCUUGUUUGUCUCGUACAUUAGUUGUAUUGUUACAUUUUGAUAAAAAGCAUUAACAAUCCGUCAUCCAUUCAUCGAAAAGAAACAAGGGAUCCCCGUUGUGCUUCGCUUUAAAAUAUUUUCGAAAUUCAUUUGUAGUAUAAAUUAUUGUUCUGCCUGUUUAUCGUUUAGUUGGGUUUGAAUAGUGGAAUGCAACACUGUUUAGACUUGGCCGUGCUGCUCCCAAUGCACGGCCGUCAUCGAGCUUGUCGUCACAUCCCUUUAGGCUAACUGUAGGCGUAAGGUAGCAUAGCAUUCGACAGCUUUGUCAACUUGUCCGGAAUCCAUAUAUACGGCAAUUCGAUCAGACUGCUCUAAUAUUAGACAAUUCGGCAGUAUUAAUAUCGGUAUUAAUAGUUAAGAUAUUUCAAUUAGAUCUAAGUACUUGCAACGCUCGAAUGAGCAUAGCUUUGCUAUUUACCGAGCACUCGCUAAUUUUGAUCUCUAGUAAAAUUUUCGAGUGAUAGCGAGUGCCCGGAAAGUGUUAUAUGUAAACUUAGUUAUUAGGAUGCAUGUUUUGUUUGUGAGUGAGGUGGAAAGUCUAAUUCGUGAGUUAACAAGCAUAAAUUAAUAUUUUGACACUAUUUACUUACUGGACCGAAAUACGCAUGGGUUAAUUUUUGUACUCACAUUUCUGUGGACGACACAUUAUUUCAAACGAAUACACGAGCAUCUCGAAUAUUGAUUCAAAUUUUGUAUUUUCGAACAUUGUAACAUUAUGUUUAUACAUUUACAUAUCAUUGGUUCAGCGGUAAACUUGGACAACUCAAUGAAGGACUCUCCGCCGGACUCAUUGAUUUUAUCAAUACUCCAAUUUCUUAAUUGGAUAUUGGUUUCGAUAUGCUGAAGUAGAUUCUCUGGAAGAAGUAGAGUUGGUAAUAUGGAUCGCUUGUGUACAUAUAGUUAGAAGGUUAGUUAAUUGGGAGCGACAUGACUUCUACAUUCAGGAUCUACUUCAGAGAUGCAACACUACUGCUGACUUUUUUAUCAUGGAUAACUUCUUAUUCUUCACAACUAACAAUAUAAUUGGCUAUUUGCAAAUCACAUAUUGUUAACUGCGAUGUUAUUACAUCAAGUGCAGUACUAAGUAGAAUAAGAUAUUAACAGGGUGCGCCGCCAUUUGCGACAAGCUUUGCGUAAUACCCACAUCUUAUAACGUAACGAUUUUAUAGCAUGGCAAAUCACUUAGAUAUAUAAGAGGAUAAAGAAACAGUAAAUUAUAAUUAACAAAAUUGAUAAGAUUGACUGUUAGUUGUCGUGUUUGUUUAAAUGUCUUUAAGCAUUUUAUUGACUGUUGUUGAAGGAGCGAAGAAAUAAUGUUGUCCUACAGUGAAUGCAGCAGUGGUGUGGCAAAGCGUAUUUCUUCACGCCACCCUAGCGCCCUUCGUUCGCGCUCCACGAUCUUCCACUAUCACGCCUUUACGGCAAUCCCCUACUUUAGGUCACUACUUAAAUACACGAUCGAAAUCUGAAUGAAACGACUUACACGAAAUCGGCCAUUUGGUUAACAUCCAUUCGGAAUGGCGAUCUUUUAUACAUGUAUUUACAUUGCAUAUUAAAGUGGUGACAUCCUAGGCAUAGAGCUGGUAAUUCAUUGAUUACUAUUUGGUCACUACACUAAAUAUUAUUUAUUACUUACUACUACUAUUAAAAUAAUUUAAUUUAAUUUAAAUUCUAUUGAAAUAUUAGCUAAUUUCUAAAUUUUUUUUUUCAAUUUUAUCUUAAUGAUAUUUUUAGCGUUUAUUUCUAGGUAGUUUUAUUAACUCUUCUACGGAAACUGUGGGAAACCCUUUCCUAGUAGUACUACAAAUCUAGUUUGUGUCUCAUACAAUACUUUUCUACUCCGAUCCACUAAUACGAAAUUACACUAUAGGUGGUGUUCCAAAUCUGGUAAAUCGCAAUGACUCGUCGGCUUUAAGUCUAUAGUAUAUCCAAAGUCUAACUCCUAUUUUUUUAUCCUGUUUUAAAUGUUAAGGUUGUAUACUUCGAAAGGUGAGAGAGGCCUAAGGGCAGUAUUUUGCCCCCUAUGCUUCUUGUUUUCUUCGAUCUGAUAAGUAAGUAUGCGGUCACACAGCCUCCGCAAAUAUCGAUGUAACUGUGCGAAUUUUUCGAGAGAGAAAAUUAUUUUAAUAAAUUGAUUCGGUUGAUAUUCGACCGUCAUGAAGGGCCAAUUUAUCAAGAAGUGAUUUCCUGAAAGGUUACUAUCUAAUCAAUAUUUCCGGAAGCAGCGUGUGAUCAUGCUCGUCACAAGGUUUACUCAAGCCGAAUUACUCGUCUAGUCUUUGAUCUUGAAGCCUUGUGGCCAUCUAAUAUUAGUUUUAAGAGGUACAUUUACAAUAGACUUAACCAUGGAUGUUUUUAAAGUUACAGUGUAAUUGUUGUCAUGGUAAAUUAGGACCCAGUAAUCCCUCGACACUACCCCGACUUCAUCGACAAUAAGCACGUUAAGACAUCACUGAUCAAUAUUGCACUUCACUAAUAUUACGAGCAUGGGUUUGUAACGGCAUCGGUUAAUAUUGCCCAAACCUAACCAUUCGGUAAUUUUCGAUGAAACGGGGUGCUUGCUGUUUCUUCAACUAACUGUUAAGUCGUAGAAUGUAUUGAAUGUAUCCUUUUGAUCCUGAUACCCUGAGCUAGUGGCAAGACUGAGGAGGUGUAUACGUGCAUACCUUCAGUAGGGAUCGGGCUACCCUGAAUCGCAGGGAACGGCUCCGGCCGACAGUAUACCAGGCUUCAUAUCUGUAUUGCACCGAUCCCAUAAGGAUAAGGAUGGAGAUUUCAGCAUUUUGUAAACAUCGCUUUAUAUGUACUUAUGUGUUAAUUAUAAUUAUUGAUUAUAAGUUUAUAGUUUUUAAACGAUUAAAUACGUGAUAUUCUCGUAGAAAGCAAUACCGACCAUUAGUUGUGAAUAUAGUAGAGAUUAUAUGUUUUAAACGUAGUGAUGAAUGUGGUGAUAGAUUCACUUGAUAUAUUGCAGUCUAUUCAUUUUUUUUAUUUAUUAUCGGUAAUGAAAUUAGCAACAACUAUUACCACUGGUGUUUGUGCAACAAAUACCUGCGGUAUUAGAACGUAAUCGAACAAUUGGCAUAUUGGUCAAAUCCAUUUAUUUUUGAAUAAUUAGAAAAUUGGUUUGAAAAUAGUAUCAUUCAUCAUUACGUAGUUCUUGUACUGAGUACAUACCUACUUACCCAGUACUUCAAUUACCUGCGGAACAAGUGUCCCAGUUGAGGACCGAAGCAGGCGAGGCUGCAAGAUAUUGACUUGCAAUUGGAAUUUGUAGAUAAUGUUGCGGUUUGACGAAGAAGUCCCGCAAUUCAAAAUUUCUAUUGCUGUAUUGGUUGCUACGUUUACCCUAUACAAUUAACUACCAUCAUGGAGGGUGGUAUCAAUAUCAUGUUAGCGCAAGUUUAUUUGUAAGGAGUUCGAUAUAUGGGAUUUAAGACUAUUUAUGCCACCCGAAUGAUCAUAUUAUAAUAAUAAUGCAUGUAAGUAACAAUAAUUAUAAAGUACAUCUACCGCUUAUUAUAAGAAUUAAAUAUAAUUUUGAUGUUAAUGGCUACUGUACAGUAAUAUCAUUGAGAACAGUGUAGCUUCCGCUCAGUGUACAUUGGUUUCCAUCCAUGUAGUUAGCAGGUGUUUGAAUAUUAUCGUCAGGCUUAAUUUGUAGCUUACUUGUAAGAUGUAAUCAAUUAUUGUACUAUGUACUGCAUGCAUUUGAUGUCGUGAACUUAGGAUCCCUACGUACGUCCGUUGCAGUGUCUGUGCUGAUCCGACAAUAACCAUAUUAUGCACCUCUCUGUCACCUCUAGCUCUUAACAACCCUCAUCGUAUAAACAUAUAAACCUUAAAUAUAAAAGAAAACAGGUAAGCUAAGGAACUCUUAAAAUUAAGUAAGUCCCUGCAAAAAUGUAUUUCAUUAUAUAGAGUUAAAAUGUAUUUAAUAUUAAUUAUAUCAAUUAUUGUAUUUUAAUGUAUGUCGAAUGAAACAUGAUGUUCUAAUUGUGGGUUGUACAACGAAUAUAAACAUUUGUAAUCGUAUUGUUGCUACUGCGCCGUGCUGCAGGGCUGCGUGGCAAACUGAAUCUGCCGCAAUCAUUGCAGGCCCUCAACACGACACAAGCGCCAACUUAAUGAAGAUGUUGUACUAAAUGUUCGGUGUUAUUUUAAUCACUAAUAAGUUAUUUGUAUCAUUCUUCCUAAUCGGGCAUUAUAUGUAUGUACACAUUUUAAAAUUUAAAUCACAUUCGAUAAUUAAUUAUUUCGAAAUGGUGUUUCUUGUUGUUUAUAUAUUGUUAUACGUAGGCUAACGCGUCUGAAGGUCCACUGCUCUCGCCAGUUUCUAAGAGACAUUUCUAUCUCUUUCUCCUACAAAUUAGAUGCGCUCUGGCGUAGAGAUGGGCCACGGACUUUUAUCACAACAUCAUAUCAUCGUAAAUUGUACUUACACAUCGUAUUUACUUAUCUAUAUUUCAUCCCAAAAAUAUUUUUAAUGUUAAAGUUGUUUACAAAAAAAACACUAACUGUAAUUUGAACUCAUUUGACUGUUGGAUUAUUAAUAGAAGCGAGAGGUCACGUAGGCGAAGUAAUAUCCAAAAUUUUUAUUUUGGAGAACUUGUUCCACCCUGUCCACAAUGCAGUGACCUCUUACAUGUGUUGGGACCAAUGGUAGAAUGACGGAAAGCGCAGAGCUGGUCACGUUGCUUGUUUACUGAAUACCUAAGAAAUCAACCGAAAAAAUACUUAGCUACUUAACUGCAAUACAUAUUUAGAAAGAAACCAAUGUGAACCAGCGACGACGCGCUAAGACAAUAUUCUGUUGUGAAUUAUAGUUUCCCAAGGAGGCCAAGCCGAACUGUACCACCAUGUAGGUAAGAGAAUCUGCGUUUGCUCACGUUACACUUAAGAUAUCGUAAUACUUUAUUGUGUGGAUCAACGUCAAAUAUUUAUUUUUACGAACUACGAUGUUCCCAAUAUUUUAAAUUGAGUGUUAAAACUAUGAACACUAUGUACUAAUUUCAAACAUAUCGUAUGUGUUGAUCUGUCUAUUUCUACAUGAAGUUUUAAUAUGCUAUCCAUUCUAUACGAUCUUCAACACUUGCAUUUUAAUCAAGUUGUGUAUACUCUGUCCAGUCAUGUCAAGAAUGAAUUUAUUAAUGUGAUGUGCUAUAUAAAUGUGUGGAUUACUGCACUUCACACCUACGAUCAUCAAUUUGGAUGAUAGCAUGUUCAUACUUGAUGCACUAAAUGUUUGUCACUUAUCACUCUAUAAAUGAAAUCAAUUCUGUAGGUACAUAAUUAAUAAAUAAUCAAAGACUUUUAAGGCAAAAUGCCUUCUUUUUAUGUAAUUUUAAAUGUUAAAAUAAAUGUUGAUU